GGCAAGCUGUGAGGGCGCAAUCACUUUUCCCCGCCUCUGGUCUGCACCCAGCUGGGUCUGCACACUUUGGAUCUGCCGCACCCGGCGGUCUCAUUCAUCCAUCAUCCAUCAGGAAGAGCCAGAUCUCUGAUGGGUAAGCAGCAGCGGCAGCGUCGUCGUGCCGGCAAGGGAGCCCAUCAGCCGAUGGUCACGAGUCAGGACCUGCGGGAGGCGGCCGAGCAGCACGCCAUGCAGGAGAUUAUGACCAGAUGACACGACUACUUUGACGAGACCAUCGUCACAAAGGCAAGGCCAUACAGCAAGCACAAGAGGUGCAUGAAUGGCUGUCGAUGGCUGUCUGUGUGGUUCCAUCAGCUGAACAGCACCGACUGGCGGACGCGGGAGCUGUCGUGCAUAGCUCUUAGCAACAUCCUCUCAGACCCAUCGUUCGUCUAUUUCAGCGGUUUCUGUGGAUUGUGUUGGAGUGUGCGGCCGACAGCAAGACGCCCACACUCGUCCUCGUGGAACUCCUCGAUGCGCUCUUCGACGUCUUCGCCGGUCAGUGUGGUUGGGGCAUCCACACACACACACACACACACACACACGAGCCACCAUGCAUCUGUGCGUGCGUGUGUGUAUGUGUGGUCAGAGGAUGACAGCAACGAUCUGCUGCGUGACGCGGAUGCAAUCAAGACCCUCGGCAGACUCAAGGGGCCCCUCAAGAGAGCGGUCAGCACACACACACACACACACGGACUCACACACACAUCAGCAGAUCUGCAUGGCCAUUGAUGCGUGCAGGUGCGGGGCAGGUCAGUGGCAUUUGACGAGUCGAGUGUGUGUCGUGUGGAGGAGGUGGCCGACAACCUUGAGGCCUUCAUCGACUACAAGAGACAACACAACACAUAGACAGAUUAUCGCUAUGGCAAUGCAGCCGCCGAGAGGGGGAGCUACGUGGCUUGUCGCCCGUCAUCACAUUCUACGCCAUACACACCCUCACAGGCUCUUUACGCAUGCAGGUUUGCGCGUGUUUGUGUGUUGCAUGCAGUUGCGAGGGAGGUGCCCUGCGUGCGACAUGGGUGCUGUGUAUGCCGAAUCGCUGACUGACCCAUCGGCAGAUGAUGGUCGCCAAUUCGGUCGCCUGCGGUUUCUGCGUGUAUGACUGUGUGUGAAGGCGUUUCUCACUGCUGGAUGCAGUUCACUAUGCAUUGCUGGGUCGAUAGCGUCCACAAUCGAAAGACACACCAGAUGAUCGUCAAUGUUGUCUGGAAGCCCC